AAUUCCCCGAGUAUACCCACUCUUCACCAUGGCUCACACUAUUAAGGAGAUCCCCACGAAGCCCUUCGACGGCCAGAAACCUGGCACGUCCGGUCUGAGGAAGAGGGUGAAGGUGUUCCAGCAGGAGCACUACACGGAGAACUUUGUCCAGUCCAUCUUCGACUCGAUCGAGCCCAAGGGCGCGACGCUUGUCAUUGGUGGCGAUGGUCGUUUCUUCUCCCCUGAGACCGUCCAGACGAUCCUCAAGAUUGGCUCCGCCAACGGUGUGGCCAAGUUCAUCGUCGGCAAAGACUCGAUCCUCUCCACGCCAGCUGCUUCGAACAUCAUCCGCAAGUACAAGGCCUAUGGUGGUAUCCUGCUCACGGCCAGCCACAAUCCGGGUGGCCCCGACAACGAUUUUGGUAUCAAGUACAACGUCUCGAACGGUGGGCCUGCGCCCGAAAAUGUCACGGAUAAGAUCUACGAGAAGACCAAGACGAUCACGUCGUACAAGGUUAUCGAGGCUGCCCCGGUCGACCUUUCCACUAUUGGUGAAGUCUCGUACGGACCUUCGAAGGUGCAGAUCAUCGAUUCAGUUGCUGAUUAUGUCGUUCUCCUCGAAUCGAUCUUCGACUUCCCACUCAUCAAGUCGUUCCUGUCUUCCCACUCCAACGACUUCCCCGUCCUCUUCGAUGGUCUCCACGGUGUGACUGGCCCGUACGCCAAGGCGAUCUUCAUCGACGUCCUCGGCCUCCCCAAAACGUCCGUGCAGAACUGCAUUCCGCUUCCGGACUUUGGCGGAGGACACCCCGACCCCAACUUGACCUACGCGCACAGCCUUGUUGAGGCGGUCGAGGAGCACGGCAUUCCGUUCGGUGCUGCGAGUGACGGCGACGGCGACCGCAACAUGAUCUACGGCAAGGGCGCGUUCGUGACGCCGUCCGAUUCGGUCGCCAUCAUCGCUGACUGGGCCGACACGAUUCCCUACUUCAAGAAGGGUGGCGUGAAGGGAUUGGCUCGCAGCAUGCCGACGAGCAAGGCUAUCGAUCUCGUGGCAAAGAAGAAGGGUUUCGAGUACUUUGAGGUUCCCACUGGCUGGAAGUUCUUCGGCAACCUCAUGGACGCUGGAAGACUUUCUAUUUGCGGUGAAGAGUCGUUUGGAACGGGUUCGGACCACAUUCGGGAGAAGGAUGGUCUCUGGGCUAUCAUGGCAUGGCUGAACAUCCUUGCGGCGGCCAACGCUAAGUCGCCGAACAAGCUGGUCGGGAUCAACGACAUCUUGUUGGAGCAUUACACCAUCUAUGGACGGUCAUACUUCAGCCGAUACGACUACGAGGAGGUGCCUUCCGCGGGUGCCAACGAGCUUGUUGCCAACCUCAACAAGGCCCUCGAGAGUGGCUCGUUCAACAACACGACUCAUGCGUCUGCAUCCACGGGAACCAACUUCACUGUAUCUGGACUGUACAACUUCGCAUACACCGACCCCAUCGACCACUCCCUAUCCAAGAACCAGGGACAGGUCAUCACCUUCUCCGAUGGCUCACGUGUUGUCUUCCGGCUCAGCGGUACCGGCAGUCAGGGCGCCACUGUGCGCAUGUACGUCGAGCGCUAUGUUGCGGCUGAGGCUGGGGAGGCUGCACUCAAGGCCGAUGCCGCUGAGGGUCUCAAAGGUCUGAUCGAGGUUGCACUCGAGCUGAGCAAGCUGAAGCACUAUUUGGGGGUCGACAAGCCCACCGUCAUCACUUAAACACAAUGUAGCAUACCAUCACUUAGAUUUUCGGAAUGAUUGAGGUUCAAAAACAAAA